AUGCCUGGAGGCAAAUACAACGUGGGCAUCAUUGGCUACGGCCUGAGUGCAAAAACCUUCCACAUUCCCUUCAUCACUGCUGUCGAAGACUUCAACCUAUAUGCCAUUGUUCAAAGAACGCCAAAGCCGAAUGAUGAUGCUAGCAAGGACCACCCCAACAUCAAGUUAUACCAUUCUACCGAUGAUCUGUUCAAGGACGAAAAUGUCCAUGUCAUUGUGGUGACCACGGCGCCAGAUUCACAUCUACAACUAGCUAAAGCAGCGAUGCUCGCGAAGAAGCACGUCGUCGUAGAGAAGCCGUUCACACCCACAUCUGCCGAAGCUCAAGAGUUAGUAGAUGUCGCAAAGGCCCAAGGAGUACUCAUCACCGUCUACCAAAACCGAAGAUGGGAUUCGGAUUUCUUGACGCUCAAGAAAUACAUCGAUGACGGCACGUUGGGCAGAAUCGUUGAAUUCGAGACGCACUUUGACCGCCAUCGCCCGGAGCCACCAGCCGAUACCUGGAAAGCACACAACAUCCCAGGAAAUGGCGCCGUGUACGAUCUCGGAACCCACUUGAUGGACCAAGUGAUCCAUCUCUUCGGCAUGCCGCAGCGGGUGACUGGAUUUGUCGGAUCACAGAGAGAGUCCAACCCUACAGGCCUGGAAGAUUCGUGCACGGUGUUCCUGCAUUAUCCCCAGAUGUUGGUCACGGUCAAGGCAGGAGUGGUCAGCCCGGAAGUCAAGCAAUUACGAUACUGGGUCCGGGGUGUCAAGGGUUCCUUCAAGAAAUUCCACUUGGAUCCCCAGGAGGACCAGUUGCGAAAGCAAGGGUUGAAGCCCGGAGACAAGGGAUAUGGUCUGGAGCCUGAAGAAUCAUACGGCACGCUCAAUUUGAGCAAAGACGGGAAAUUUGUGAGCGAGGUUGCGCCGACGGUGAAGCCAGCAACUUAUGUCGAGUACUAUCGCAGGUUGGCGGCUGCUCUGAGUAGGGAUGCUUCUCAGAUCCCUGUACCUCCUGAGCAGGCUGUGGGCUUGAUCCGGCUGGUAGAGCUCGCCCGCGAGAGUUCAAGAUUGGGGAAGACAUUGGAUGUAUAA